UGGCGCUACAUCACAGAACUCUAUGGCAUGCAGAAUGUUGUGGCAUUCGACGUCAGCCGCUUAGCUUCCUCCCCAAACUAUCAAGGGAGCGGGCCGAAAAUUUUGAAAGUUACCUUGGCUACGCCGGAGAUGGCAUCAAUGGCAAUUAACGUGUGGUACCACAGCAGAAGGCUAGGACCACCAGAAGUACGACUGAGACCAUUCCUGCAAGCAGUACAGACCACUGGUACAGUUGAGUCAGACCUGGCUUUUCCGACCAUAGACCAGCCAAGCGUGCAAACACUCGUGUCAAAAAACGUGGGCAGACCGGCACUGUUUGUGCCGGUCAAACACAGCGAACCCACCUCCUAAUGCGGCAACAAAUGCAAUGCUGCUACACAAACGCCCAAGGGCUUUACUCCAAGUUGCCGGAAUUGCGCCAUCGGCAUGAAGCA